AUGGGCAAGGACAAGGUCGAGAAGGUUAAGAAGGAGAAGAAGGAGAAGCGUGCCGAGAAGGACGGCGUGCACAAGGCCAAGAAGGAGAAGAAGGAAAAGAAGGACAAGACCGCUCUCGCUGAUGCGGUAGAGAAGGAGAUCACCACCCAGGUCCUGGAGGGUCUGGAUCAGGCCGCUGCUGCUGGUGUCGCCGAAAUUGAGGUUGAUGCGAUGGCUCUGGACCGCCCCAUUGGCGCUCUCGUGCCCUUCGCCAACCCAUUGGUUGAGGACAAGCAGGCCAAGAAGGUGUUGAAGAGUGUGAAGAAGGCUGCCGUCAACAAGUCUCUCAAGCGCGGUGUCAAGGAGGUCGUCAAGGCCCUCCGCAAAUCGGCCAUCCCCGCCGCCAACGCUAAGAUCGAUCUCCCCACCGGCGUUGUCAUUCUCGCGGCCGACAUCUCCCCCAUGGACGUCAUCUCUCACAUUCCCGUUCUGUGCGAGGACCAUGGCAUUCCCUACGUCUUUGUUACCUCGCGCGCUGAGCUCGGCGCCUCUGCUGCCACCAAGCGCCCGACCAGUGUGGUCAUGGUGACCCCCAAGUCUGGCAAGAACAAGAAGCUUGAUGAGGAUGCCGACAGCGAGGACUUCUCCAAGGUCUUCGAGGAGUUGGCCAAGCUCGCUGAGAAGGAGGGCAAGAAGGUUGUGGUUUAG